AAGUAAUUUGCUGCAUUAGUCUUCUGAAGUUAUGUCUCUGAUGUUUGUUGUCUUGUAGUAUCUAUAGAAUAGAGAAAAUUAUACUACAGUUAUUCUGUGUAUAUUGAAGGGAGUGUGCUAUGUGAUUAUUUUGUUGUUACUCGUGAUUAUGAUCAUAAUUAGAUACAAUUUGCUUUUUUCUUUCACAAUUUCCUAAAGAAUUUGAGACUUCAUUAUUCAUUUCUACUCACUUGUCAACAUUGUCUCCAUUAAUGUCUUCUGAUUUAUUUUAUAAUGCAAUUUCUGGCUUGGAUGUUUGACUCCAGAAAAUUCUACUAUGUAAUAGAGCAUAUACUACAUACUUUUUCAAGUUAAAUUUGUAAUUGCUCAUUCAUACAAAUGUCUGUAUUUCAGAUGGAACAAUUAUCAGAUGAAGAAAUUGACCAUGGUGCCGAAGAAGACAGUGACAAAGAAGAUCAGGAUCUAGACAAAAUGUUUGGAGCUUGGCUUGGGGAACUGGACAGACUCACACAGAGUUUGGAUUCUGAUAAGCCUGUAGAACCAGUGAAAAGAUCUCCUCUUCGCCAGGAAACAAACAUGGCCAAUUUUUCUUACCGUUUCUCCAUAUACAACUUGAAUGAAGCUCUGAAUCAAGGAGAGACUGUGGAUCUGGAUGCACUGAUGGCCGAUCUUUGCUCUAUAGAGCAGGAGCUCAGCAGUAUUGGUUCAGGAAGUAGUAAGCGACCAAUCACAGAAACAAAAGCUACUCAGAAGUUAGCUGUUAACCGACAUCCAUCAAAACAUGGCACCUUGAAAGGACUAUCUUCUUCAUCUAAUAGGAUAGCUAAACCUUCCCAUGCUAACUACUCCCUGGAUGACAUCACUGCACAGUUAGAACAGGCCUCCUUGAGCAUGGACGAAGCCGCUCAGCAGUCUGUGCUGGAAGACACUAAGCCCAUGGUAACCAAUCAGCACCGAAGAACUGCAUCUGCAGGCACAGUGAGUGAUGCUGAAGUGCGCUCAGUUAGUAACUCGUCUCGCUCUAGUGUCACUUCUGCAGCCUCCAGCAUGGACUCUCUGGAUAUUGAUAAAGUGACACGGCCUCAAGAACUGGAUUUAACACAUCAGGAGCAGCCAAUUGCUGAGCAUGCUAUUUCUCUGAGAUGUCCCAGCAAGCAGGCCCAGCGUCAUAUUGACUUCACAGAGGAACAGGCUGAGCCAACACCUCACUCCUAUUUGGACAGGGAAACAUCCCUUCUUCUGAGAAACAUUGCAGGAAAACCUUCUCAUUUGCUGACCAAGGAAGAACAGGCAGCAAAAUUGAAAGCCGAGAAGAUCAGAGUUGCCCUGGAGAAAAUUAAAGAGGCACAAGUGAAAAAGCUGGUGAUUAGAGUCCACAUGUCUGACGACAGUUCUAAAACAAUGAUGGUGGAUGAGAGGCAGACAGUGAGACAAGUGCUGGAUAACCUGAUGGACAAGUCCCACUGUGGCUAUAGUUUAGACUGGUCGCUGGUGGAAACCAUUUCUGAGUUACAAAUGGAAAGAAUCUUUGAAGACCAUGAAAACUUGGUUGAAAAUCUUCUCAAUUGGACAAGAGAUAGUCAAAACAAGCUUAUAUUUAUGGAGCGUAUAGAAAAAUAUGCACUAUUCAAAAACCCACAGAAUUAUCUUCUGGGCAAAAAGGAAACAGCUGAAAUGGCAGAUAGAAACAAAGAAGUACUACUAGAGGAAUGCUUUUGUGGAAGCUCUGUAACUGUACCAGAAAUUGAAGGAGUUCUUUGGUUGAAAGAUGACGGCAAGAAGUCCUGGAAAAAGCGAUACUUUCUCUUGCGAGCAUCUGGUAUUUACUAUGUCCCUAAAGGAAAAGCAAAGGUCUCUCGGGAUCUGGUGUGCUUUCUCCAGCUGGAUCAUGUCAAUGUUUACUAUGGCCAGGAUUAUCGAAAUAAAUACAAAGCACCUACAGACUAUUGUCUCGUGCUAAAGCACCCACAGAUUCAGAAGAAAUCUCAGUAUAUCAAAUACCUCUGCUGUGACGAUAUAAGGACCUUGCAUCAGUGGGUCAACGGCAUCCGCAUUGCAAAGUAUGGGAAGCAGCUCUAUGUGAACUAUCAAGAAGCUGUGAAGAGGACCGAAUCUGCCUAUGAUUGGACAUCCUUAUCCAGCUCCAGUAUUAAAUCAGGAUCCAGUUCUUCCAGCAUCCCAGAGUCUCAGUCCAAUCAUUCUAACCAGUCUGACAGCGGAGUCUCCGACACUCAGCCGGCAGGGGCGGGGCACAUCCGCUCCCAGAGCAUCGUGAGCUCCAUCUUCUCUGAGGCCUGGAAGCGUGGCACUCAGCUGGAGGAGACCAGCAAGGCCCUGUGCUCUUGGCGUGGAGAUCCCUCCAGCUGGAAGACCUUAGUGCUUUCCCUUCUCUGCCUGAGGAUCUCCUGCUCAACGUUCAAGGCGCAACACAAAGACCAUGUCUUUGAGAAGCUUUCUAGGAAUCCCCAGUACAGGACAUUGAACCCAGGGUCUUCGGACUGAGCUACAUGCCCACACCUUCGUUUUUUGUUUUUGAGACGGGGUCUUGUUAAAUCACUAAGUUUCCCAGUCUGGGCCCCAACUUGUGACUCUCCACAUUACAGAGUGCUGAAAUUAAACGUAUGAGCCACCUACCCUGGACAGUGGGUGUAUUUUCAAUCUUCAGAAAUUUUGUGUGGGUUUUUUGGUCAUUCUUUAAAAAUAUAUCCUACUUCUCACUCAUGUUCCUGUAUUUUAACCUUCUCAAGUAUAUGCAGUGUUUAUAAAAGUUAUACAACAUAAGAAAUCUUUGAUUUCCUUCUCUGGGGUCAGAGUCAGUCACUGCCUAUUACUCAGUAUCUAAAAAGCAUUAUUUCUUGUCUUAAAAAGAAAGGGUAAAGUUCAUUACUAUUGCUCUAUGUUGGCCCACAGUAGAGUCCACUAUUUCUUAAUAAAAGCUCCCAGGUGCUGUUAAUACACAGCCAGUUUUGAGAUGCAACGCAUUAGUACUUUGCUUUCCUUACCAGGAAAUUUCCUUCCAGAUAACACAUGUUCUUCUGAGCUGACAGUCUCGACGAGACUGGGAAGCCGGUAUCCCAAGGUAGCUGCCUCAUGGUUAGCUAAGGUAGCCUGAGAAACUUUUCACUGAAAGAAGGGCCCAAUGCUGCUAUGCAGAGAAACUGAGAAACCAUUACUCUUUCCUCUUCUCCAAGUUUCCUAUGGAGACACUUACACUAAAAUGUCUGACCUAAGAGAACUCAAGAUACUGCUCUACAGUAAGGCAACAGGAGUAACAAACAGCGCAGAAAAAGAAUUCUCUUCCUGACCAUUCUGAAGGAAACAGAAAACCACUCUCUUAUAAUUUUUGUCUUAUAAAAACCAUCUGUGAAAUGGCUGCUCAACAGGAACAAUAGAUAUCCAUUAAUUUAAAAAUUAUUUUAAAAAUUUAACUAGGUGACUUUCAAAAUCAUGAACACUGUAAACCAAAUCACUAAAACUAAACUGAUAACACAAAUAAAACUUUACUUAUUGUUAAAAAAUAAACAAGAUUCUCUUCAGCACCAGCAAUCUCAGUUCUCCAUCGUCCCAACCUUCCUGAGAG